AUGGAAGCCGCCUUUGAUGCAAUUGACCGCCAGGACCAUGGUACACUGCGUCGCACCUUGUCGUGUGGCAACGUAAAUACUACGAACUCCGACGGAUACACGCCACUCUACUACGCAUGCAUGAAGAAGGGGGUAGGUGUUAGCACCGUCAAGGAGAUUCUGCAGCUGGGGGCGCAAACAGAUUUAAAGGGUUCAGAUCUUGAAACCCCGCUGUACAUAGCGUGCUUUAACGGAAAGAGGGAUGUUGCGCAGCUGCUGCUGGAAAGGGGUGCGAAUCCUAAUGUGGUAAAUGGCGGCGGCGGAGAGACUGUCCUGCAUUUGGCUUCCCGCAUCGGUGACGCUGCUCUCAUUGAGAUCAUAUUAGCAAAAGGAGGUGAUAUUAAUGCCCGUAACAGUAGGAAAGAAACUCCACUGUUCGUUGCAGCUAAAGCGGGAUUUCACGAGGUCGUGUACCGCCUGCUUCGGGCGGACGCGAAGACUGAAGUUUGUGACAUAGAUGGGAAAAGUCCUCUCUAUAUUGCAUCCGAAAGGAACAUGAAGCACGUGGUUAUUCUUCUUAAAAGCGAGGCGAAGGAUCUUAAUAUAGCCAAAGCCGCUGCUGACGACAUUCUUCGGUCGAUCCCAGCACCUCUAAAAACCACGGAGGAAAUUCGUGACGAGGCGGCACUGGAGGGGUCAGGUGUGUGGAAAAUAAAGCAUGAAGUUAUGGCAAAGGAAGUGAAGAAGGAGAUGAAGCCUCUUGAUAUUAUUGAAAUAGUAGUACCUCAUCCCAGAGGCGACGUGCGAGACCUCCUUGGUGGCGCUGGGUCCAGGGGGCCUUGCUUGUCACUCGAAGAAGUGGGAUACGACGCGCCACCAGUGGUACCUCCAUCUUUGAGAAACCUCCCGCCCGUGAAGCCGCAACGCAUCGGUGGAACAAUGAUGCGGAUUGGUACCAGUAUAGAUACCAUGGGUGUGGAGCCGGUUAGGAUAGAUACUGUUCCCGGUGACACCAUGGAAUUUUCUCUACGUAGGGAUUAA